AUUUAUUUUUUCGGCUUGCAGAUGGACCAUUUCCAUUUAGAUUUAUAUACCAAAUAAUUAGUAAAGUGAAUGUGCGUGUAUGUUUAAAUAUUUGUAUAAAUACCCUUCGAGUCCCCAAAUAUAUGCAUAGAAAAACAUAAAAACCUAACUUAGCAAGAGAAAGAGCGAGUAACCAAGAAAAAUUUGACAAGAAUGGAGCCCGUCAAGCGACCCACAUUGCAUUUAGCAGCUGAUGCUGCAUUUGGUUUAGAUAACAACAUGACAUCGCCCACAUCGGCGGCGGCGGCGGCGACUGGUUUCCUGCCGGAUAUGCCGCAAUGGAAAAAGGAUUUAAUACAGCGACGAAAAACUAAUGUGGCUCGCACUCAGGCAGCCCAGCAGGCCUCGCCCACAGCCAACACCACCUGCAUGACGACAAUGGCAACGACAUCAGGUGCUGCCGCCGCCGCCGCUGCUAUUGAUAUUGAUACGACAAUAACUGGGGCUGCUGGCAGUUGUGGGGCUUUUUUAAUGGAAACCACUGCCGGAGCUGGAGCUGGAUCAGCAGCUGCAGACUUAAUAGCAACGGAGCAGCAACAACAACAACAACAACAGUCAAAUCUGUUGGCAAAGAAAAAUGUAAGCCAAACACAAACGACUACAGAGGAAAAGUCUGAGAAAUCUCUUAUUGGAGGUCAUCAUACCCAGCAGCAAGCGAUGAUGGCCUUUUCAAAUUCAGCUGAAACAACAGCAACAACAACCAUACCAUUGCCCAUACCAAAGCAGCGAUCAAGUUUGUUUAACACAACAACAACAACAACAACAGAGCCGCAGAUUCUAAAUAUGGAUCUCAGAGAGCAAAAACAUGAAAGAGAGCGAGAAGAGAGAGAGCGUGAGCAUGACGUUGUGGUGAAUAACAGCGGCAACAGCGGCUUGCGUGGUGAAGUUGAAACUGGCACUGAAACUUCGCCGAGCCAACUGAAUUCGCCGAGCCAAAAUGAAUAUUCGAGCCGAAGCAAACAAUUUACGGCGAGAGAGGGCGAACAAUUAACGGCGAGAGGGCACGAAUUUACGGCGAGAGAUCAGAUCAUUUUCGAUGCUGAAGGCGGCAGCAAUAAUACAAAAGAAUUGCUGGCGUUAAUUGAUAAUAAUAAGAAUUGUAAAACUAAAAUCAUAUCCGAUAAAUUGCAGAGUAAUAAAUUUAUAAAACAACAACAACAGCAGAAGCAGCAGCAACAAUUGUCGCCCACCAAAGUAACGGUAAAAACGACAAUGGUAGCCAUGCAAGAAAUGAAAAAGACAACAAAACAAAAUGGCCAACAUCGUCACCAUCUAAAGAGCACCACAAGCACCAGCUGCAGCAGCAACAGCAACAACAACAGCAACAACAACAUAGGCAUGGAUGUGGAGAAGCCACCCCCCUCCGAGUUGGAUGAGGAUUUGAGCUAUGGGCCGGGAAUUGUAUCCAAAUUGCGUUGUCGUUAUCUUAGUUUGGCACUACGUGAAUCCCAUCAGCAGAAUCAAAAGCAACGAUUACAGCGUUCCACCAGUCUAAAUACAUUACUGGAUCGCGAUGACGAUGAGGAGGAAGUGGUGGUUGUGCCGGUUACAGUGAUGACAACAGUAACCACCAAAUCGACAGCGCCACCAAUACUGGGAGCUAAACCGGUCAUGACCACCACCACCACUAACAGCAACACCACCAUCACAAGCGGCUAUAUAAAGGGUAUUCAACGUCCAGUUAGCCUGGGAGCAACCACUGGUGGGGCCACCAACAAUAAAAUCACCACAAUGAAAACGGAAGAUCAUGUGGUGGGAGCAGGAGCCACACGAUCAAGGCAUAUCAAACGUGGCAAUGAGGUAAUGAAACGUGCCCGUUCGGUGGAGGCAUUGCUCUGCGAGAAAUCACCAUGGAACACUCAACGAACAGCGAUGACACCCAUUUCGCCCACCACCUCGCCAUCAGCAACAUCAACGACCAACUCUACCUGCGUUACCAUCGAAGAUAAGAUCCAUAAUGCCCGCGAGCGUUUGCACAGCGGCACCGAUACCGCUCCACCCAAACGUUUGACCUCCAUAAUAGAUGACACAGAGCGUCCACCACCGGAUUUGGUUAAGCAGACAUUGAAAAUGUUUGAGGCCAGUGCCAAUCGUCGUCCGCGAGCUGCACACCGUUCGAAUGGAGUGGGUGGAGUUGCCAGUAAGGUGGCCACCUACAAAUCGAUCAUAAAGGAGCAGAAAUCAUCAACCAGUGGAAGUGGUAGUGUCACCCCCACAGCCAUUGGUAGUCCAAACAUAUUGGGCAAAAGGGAUCCGACAAUAAUUGGAUUUGCCAGUUCGACACCAAAACAACAACAGCUAGUGCCCGGGGGUGGUAACACAUUGUCGCAUCCUCCGGAUGUUAUACCACGACAAAUGAUGAUCGGAGGAGGCAAUAAUGGAGCAAUCGAUUCGCCUGUUUCGGCUUUGUCGAAAAUGCUGGGACGCUGCCAGCUGACUGAAGAGCGAGAGACUGAGAAGAGCGAGGCAAACAACGACAACGACGGGAAUGAGAAUGAGAAUGUCGCCAACAACAAAGAGGGCAAAGACGACAACAACAUCGUGGACAACGACGGCAACAACGAUGACUACGACGACCACGACGCCGACGACGACGACGAUGGCGGCAACGACAACGACAACAACCAUAAUGAUGAAGGCGACGGCGGUAACGGCGACGAUAAUAUGGGCGCGGCAGGCGAUAAGCAUAAGCCUCCAACGAUCGCAAUUGCGGAAGGAAUUGUCGUCGGCGGCGGCAGCGGUGGUGGUGGUGGUGGUGGUGGCGGCGGAUCUCAGCGUUCAUUUGCCGCAGCUGUGAACGAGAAUGCGCACGUUACCAGCAGCAACAGCAGCAGCAGCUCAUCAUCCAUAAGCAGUGCCUCAACACGCAAAACAAUUGGCGAGCCAACAUUAAGUAGCAGCACCCCAAGCACUACCAAACAAAUUGGAGUCAUAAGACCGCUGUUUAACAAUACCAAUACCACAUCAUCCACGUCCACGUCCAACAUUCCGCUAACCAGUCGUGAAAUUGAAAAGAAUCGUAUUAAUGAGAUGAAGAAAUCGGGAGCUUUGGCUGCCGAUGGCGCCGCCGCUGCCGGCGCAGUUGCCUCCGCAAGAAGUGCAACAACCACAACUAGUCUUGACACCGUGAUAAAUACCAAGGAUAAUAAUGCCUCCGAAACGGAUGCGACCAAUGCCUCACCCAUUUGGGCAUUGCGCAAGCUACGACAGCCGCAGACCUCAAACUCAAAUACGGGUAGCCAUCAUGGAGGCGCCAUUUCCGGCGAUAAUAACACCUCAAUGGUAUUCAAUUUCUCCAAGAGCACCAAAGAAGUGCCGGACUAUAUAGAAAGCGAUGUUGUGAUCUAUCGCCGUAAACGGGAACUGCCAAAGCCAAAUGAACCGGGCUUUGUGUUGCUGGGCGAUUUAUCAGUGGAGACAUCCACCGAUACCGACUACGAUGACUACUCGAUGUGUCCACCAUCGCCAUGUGAUGUGGAGUUCGAGAAUGCAAAUAUUGUGAUUGAUGGCAAGUCCAGCAUACGCCAAAAAACCAAAGAUGCAUCGUUCCGUGUACAAUUUAACGAUACAUUAACAUCAACAUUUGAAUAUCCCUCCGAGGCAUCGUUAACCAUUGAUGACCCACCGUAUGCCGAUCCAUUUGGCAAUGUCAAUAAAUAUCAUCAAUUGCUAUUGGCCGAACAGAUGCAAUUGUUGGAGCAUCAGCAGCAACAACAACAACAUCAUCAUCAUGUCACUGUCGAUGAGAUAAUUGAGCUUCCAACAUCAACGACAACAUCAUCAUCAUCAUCAUCAACAACAACGUCAUCAUCGUUGUCGUCGUCGUCGGUGGCAACUAGCAAUAUGUUGGGAAAUUUACCAUUAGAUUACCCAAAUUUAGAGAAGGGUUUAAUCUUGCAACAGUCACAGGAGGAACAGCCACAGGAACAACAACAACAACGUUCUCAUCCUCAUCAGCCAGAGCCAAUAGAAGAGAUAAUCCAACAGCAAUCGCCGCAACGUCGGCGGCAACCAUCAGCAAUAUCCCGAAGCGACCAAAUCGGAAAUGCACCAGAGCCAGAGCCGCUGCUGCUCCAACGUAGAGUGAGGCGAUCAUCGGUUUUACUUAAGCCGCAAUAUGCUUGCUUUUUGCAAAAUGAGCCACAGACUUUAUCAUCGUCACCGGCACCGGCACCGCCACCACCCAAGCCACAGCCACGAAAAGCAGCCUCAUUUAGCUCCAUGCAUAAUCUUCAUCCGACUUCUCAUCAUUCUCAUCAACUGAAUCAACGACAGCCAGCAGUACAUCAUGCGCAGAGUAAAUAUAAUCCACCCAACAACAACACCACCACCACCACUACCAAUACCACCACCACUACCAAUACCACAACCAUCACCACCACCAACACCAUCAUCUCCACAUCUACAGCUACAGCUCGAAGCCACAGCAACAGCAGCAACAAGAAAAGCAGCACCACCUGCACCACCAGCAGCAGCAGCAGCAGCAACAAUCGACGACGUCCCAGUCUACCGACAAUGCGUUCCUCAACGUCGCUAGCUCUACCCAACGCCUCCACAGCCCUGCUUCAGGCCCGCAUACCAGGCAAUACGCUCUACUAUGUCUGAGACAAGCUCCAAAUCAAACCAAACAAAAUCCACCAAAAGUCAAUCUCCUCCUACACGAAAACGUAGGCAUAUGGCGAUA